AUGUGGUCUAAUAUUUAUGAAUAUAUAAGUUUUUUCCCUGAAUGUCAAAAGGAGUUAGAAGAUCAAAAACGAAUAUGGAGUACAAGUUACGAACGAGAGUGUAGACCUAUUAUGGGAAAAUAUUUAUCAAGUACUAAUUCGGAUGAUAUUAAUAUUUGCACCACGGCUAUGUCAUAUAUAUAUUAUUUUUCUCGUACUCACGUUGCUAUAUCUGAACAUAUCCAUUGUUUAUACCUGUAUUAUUGGAUAUAUCAUGAAUUUAAAAAAAAUGGUAAAAGUUCCGAUACCAAAAAACUUUAUGAAGAAUUUUUGGAUCAUUUAAAAAAUAAAUACAUACAUAACCAAUGUAAAUUAUAUUGGGAUAGUAUUAAUUCCUAUGAUCAUUUUGAAAAAGUCAAAUAUUUAUAUGAAACAUCUCUAUGUCUAAAGAUAAUUGAAAACGAUGAAGAAGUAAGUCAAAAAAAUAAUUUUUGCGAAGCAUUAAAAGGUAUUAUUCAAAAAUAUAAUGAAAAAAAUAAAUCUAAAAUAUGUGAUUUUGAUAAAAAAGAAAUAUCAUCUUCUACGGAAACUAAUAGAAAGGAUAUUAUUAUAAUUUCAAUUCUCGUUACAUUAGUAGUAUUACUGUUGUUAUUUAUUGUCCUUAAGUAUACCUCAUUUUUUACACGCUUACCCUAUAAAUUAAAACGUAAAAUAAGUGAGUUUAAAAAUAAAGAUGAAGAAAUGAAUAUGUUAGAUCAAUAUGAAGACUUUAAUAAUAUAUCAAUGAAUAAUGGAUAUAAUAUAGUAUACGGUUCAGAUUAA